AUGGCCCGGCAAUACGAGUUCUUCGUGACGACGACAAAGCCACAUCUCCCAAACGGAGCCGAACGGGGCAUGAUCCGUCGACUAGUUAUGCGCAACUUCUUCGAUACGAAAACACCUAUGCCGCAGAUGGAUAUUCCAGAGCAAAGCUCAGCAACUACUGUCAUGGCAAGAAACCAACUAAGUAAUCGGUUUCGAAUCCAAAGAUCAACACACGACAAUGCAACAAAAGGCGGAAAACUAAUGUUAAGGAAUGGAAAAGGCAGAAGCAAGGGAAAGAGACGUUUGUCGCCUAUAGGGACGACAGAGGCCUAUUCCAUGGAUCAAAUAACAAGAAAAGGAUACUAUAUGGAAAAAGAUGCAAAAGAAAGAUCGAGAGAGGGAACAGUCGAAUCGGUACUGAAGAUUCCCAAGUUACGGAUAGAUCCAAGCGCUCACCGUAUCGAUCCUUUUGACAUCUUGCCGAUACCUGGGACACGACAUUUUGAUAUGUUAUUUCAGCUAUAUAAAAGUGCGCCUAAAACUAAUUCCAUUGCGAUUGACGCAAAGAACACAUGGCCAGCCUGGGCCAUCCAUGACGCUGGCCUCUUACACGCUACGUUAGCAACGUGGGCGAUAUACGGUGUGCUCGCAAAAGGCCUCACCGAGCUACAUUGCUGUCAUCUCAAGCACAAAAGUGACGCAAUCAACGCUAUUAGUUCAAAGCUCACGGAGCCUGAUGGAGUCGUCUCAGACAAGGUCAUUGGCACUGUCUUGACACUUGCAAAUUUUGAGAAUCUUUUCGGAGCAUACGAUACCGCUCAAAUGCAUUUAAUGGCUCUAAAUCAAAUGUUGACUGCGAGGGGAGGUUUAUUCGCGAUAGGGCACAACGAUGGUUUGCUGCGCGGCAUUUUAUGGACAGAUUUCCAUACCGCUGCUGCUUUCCGGACACCACCUUCAUUCCCGCUUGUGUGCCUUGAUCCAGAUGCACCUCUACUUCCCGACGAACUCAUGGAAGAAGCGGCGUACAAAUCACCCACAUCACCGCUUCAGUUGUCACUUGCUGCGACAGAGUGUUUCAAUAUCUUUUACCGGUUACACCGAAUCGCCCUGGCCAUGUCCUCGCAUUGGUCGGGAAAGGUCUCCCGACUUACGCUAAGCAACCUCCUCUACCAUAUGCAACACAUUGUUCUCUCUGUCCCUGAUCGAUCGCGUAACUUUAUAGAGUUUGACAGAGAAGUCCAAGCCGGCAGGAAUGAGGGCGAAGAGGACCAAAGGAAGAGGGCAGACGCAGCAAGUGUGGUCGAGGGUCUUCUUGCUGCAACUCUCAUCUUUGUGUAUAGUGCCUUGCGGGGACUACCGAACAAUGCAAAAAUAUUUUCCAUUCUCCUGGGUCGGCUGCGCAUUGCCAUCGAUCGGCCCGGAACUUCAGUCGUAGAGGUAUGGGGGCGCGAAAAGAACCUGAAGAUGCUAGUCUGGGUGCUGGUGGUGGCAUGUUCUAUUGUAACAUCGGAUGAAGAUCGCGCUUGGUGGAUUUCGAAGCUUUCUGACGUGUGUGGUAUACUGGGGAUUGAACGCCAGGUUGAGCUGGAAGAUGCCAUGCAACAUAUAGCCUGGAUUGAUAUAUUUUUCAAUCUUGGAGCUUCCAAGGAAGACACGCAGGGCACAUUCAAGGUUGAGCAAAGACAUAUCGGAGGAGGAUAG